AUGACGGACGAAACCCAGGUCGCCGACGAGGUCCCUCAGUUCUCCUUCAAAAAAAGAUCAGCUAAAGCCAAGGCCAAUUUUCGCAAGAAACCCGAGGCACCACCACCUGCUUCGGACUCCGAUUUCACGUCAUCUGAUGAUGAAGAGGGCCGCAGAAUUAAACGGCGACGCAAGAGCGCAGCAGUGACAGCCUCGUCUACGACCAAUGCACCCCGGAGGGACGGAGAACAACCCGUUACGGCCACACCGACUCCAUUGGCAUCCAGCAACGAUGCCACCAAGCAUUCCAAUUGGUACGAUGACGAGUUAGAUGCAAAGAAUCUCUUGGGGAAUACACGGGCCCAGCCAACGUCGAACGCCCCCUCUGCAUCGGAUGGCACGUACAAGGGCGCGGCCAAUUACCAAUCUUUCAUCCAAAAGAAUCCCGAUGCCCCAACAAAGCAAUUCGGACCGAUCAAAGCCCCUACCAACAUUCGUACUGUAACAUUUAUGGAUUAUACGCCAAAUGUCUGCAAAGACUACAAACAGACGGGCUGGUGCGGUUUCGGGGACUCGUGUAUCUACGCUCAUAUUAGAGAAAACGUCUUGCAGGGCUGGGAAUUGGAUAAAGAAUGGGAUAAAAACACCCAAGGAAAGAAACAGGAUGGGAAAGUCGUCUCCCAACGUGGGAGUGACAAAUUAAAGGACGAUGACGAUGACGAUGAGGAGCUUCUCGAAAGCAUCCCAUUCGCCUGUAUCAUCUGCAAGAAGUCAUAUCAGAACCCGAUUGUCACCAAGUGCGGACAUUAUUUCUGCGAGUCUUGCGCCUUACAGCGAUAUCGGAAAAAUCCUUCAUGUGCCGCAUGUGGAGCUGGCACCGGUGGGGUGUUUAACACCGCGAAGAAGCUGAAUCAACUAUUGGACAAGAAGAGAGAGCGUGCAAAGAAGCGCCGGGAGCAAGCCAUAGCCGAUGGUGAAGAAGUCAGCAGUGAAGAAGAGGAAGAGGCCCAAAACGUUUAG